UGCCGGGUUGCCGCGUUGUUAACAUAUAACCUAUAAUACUUUUUGUGGUUUUUUUUACACAGUAGUACUCGUGUGUUAAAGUUAUAUAUAUUUUUUGUGUUAAAAAUUAAAAAAUGGAACAAAAUAAAAGUAGUGUACCUUUAAUGCCAAGAGAAUCGGCGAAAUUUAUAAGUCAAUAUUCAAAGAAUGUUUCCAUCAAUGAAGAAGGAGUGAAAAAACUUUCACACAUGAUUAUAGAAGGAUUAAAAAGUGGAGAAAUCUCGAAGGAAAAUUUCUUUAAUCAUGAAUUUUUACCAAAGGAAUAUGAUUCAAAAGUAAUUGAUUGGAUUUUCGUGUUAAAUACAUUAAAUUUUUGCUUCUGGAGGAAUAAAAAUGACAACCAUUGGGAAGUAAUGGGAGAAAGUGGUUAUUUUGCUUUGUGUGCUGCUAUUAAACGAGGAUUAGAGGAGGGGAUUCCAAUUUUGGAUCCAAGUUAUUAUUCAAAAAUAACGAAAAACGAAUUAGAAAAUAUUUUUCGCAGUGAUAUUAAUAAUGUUGAAAUUCCAUUAAUUGAUGAAAGAGUGCAAAAUUUACAAGAGGUUGGACGUGUUCUUCUUGAAAAAUAUAAUGGCACAUUUCUUGAAUGUGUUAAACAAUCCAAUGGAUCAGCAUUAAAAUUGUUAGAACUCAUUGUCGCUGAUUUUGUUUGUUUUCGAGAUGAAGGUGUAUUUCGAGAUCAAAAAGUUUCAUUUUAUAAGAGAGCCCAAAUAGUUGUUGCUGACAUUUGGGCUUGCUUUAAAGGAAAAGGAUUGGGAAAUUUUCAUGAUAUUGAUGCACUCACAAUGUUUGCUGAUUAUCGAGUUCCUCAAGUACUUGUGUACUUUGAUGCCAUGUGCUAUACUACAUCUUUACUCAAUUCACUUCAAUCUGAAACGGAAUUGAAAGCAGGCUCUGAGGAAGAAAUAGAAAUUCGAGGAUGUGCAGUUGAAGUUGUGGAACGAAUUGUCAGAGAAAUUAAAUCACAAUUGAAAGAUUCAGAUUUCAAUGCUAUUCAAAUAGAUUUUUAUUUGUGGUUUUUUCGAAGGCAACAUGCCAAUAAAUUAGAAACAGUGCCUUUCCAUAAAGUUCGAACAAUUUAUUAUUAAAAAAAAAAUUCUUUUUUAUUAUUAAAAUAGAAAUUUUUACUAAUAAAUAUUGGACAAAAAAAAGAAAGGCACAGUAAUUUCAACUUUUUUUAUAAGUAUAAUUUUUUUUCUUUCUAUUUUACUUGUAUUCUUUUUAUUAAAUAAAAGGUGAAUAAAUUCUA